CCCUACUUGACGCAGCAGUUACCAUACUCAUUCCCUCAUCCGCUGCUGCUACGACUGCAAGAUGCUCGCCAUACCAACAGACGGUCCUCUCACUCGAGCAUUCGCCCGUUCCACCACCAGCACCACCUCCUCUACCGCCUCGGCACACGAGCAUCCUCUCUCCUCCUGGCUAAAGAAGGCCUCCGCUGCUUCUCCAGGCAUUACUGCCACCACCUCUUCCACCCCAACACUCGUCAUCAAUGCCAAAGCAGCACCAGUUCUCAAACCAAGCUAUACUCAGCAGAAUCUCGCACUGGUCUCACGCUCGCUGCGCGCGAUCCUCUCCCCUGUGAAUGCGAACACAGCAACCCACACCCACUCUUAUGAGCAAUUGUACACUAUCGUCGAAUCACUUGUCCAUGUAUGCAAAGCGGGAGCAGAGCUAUAUGAGAAGGUAGGGAUGGAGAUUGAGAGGGGUAGCGUGGAGUUUGCGAGGGUGUUGAGGGAUGAGAUUGGUCAGGCUCAGGGGGGUGCAGAUGCCCAAGGAAGUGAGCAGUGGUUGGGUGGACUGAAGAAGGCUUGGGAUGGGUGGGCAGAGAGGAGCAAUAUCGUUCAGAGCAUUCUUGCACCCCUCGACUCUGGCUUCACCUACAAGCAGCGAUCUGUCAACUUCCAGCCAAGUCAGGAGAUUCUCCUCGACUCCUUCAGACAUAGCGUCAUUGAUGACGUCGAGAUUAGGGCGAAGAUCUUGCAGUCUGUCACGGCCAUUGUAGAGCAGGAGAGAUCUGCGCCCUCGUCUUCGUCUGGUCCCUCGUACAAGUCCCUGCACUCUCCCGUUCUUGCCCUGCUAGUCCGAAUGCAAGCCUACCCAGACCUUGAGGCUGCUGUCCUCACCGCCACCCAGUCUUACUAUGAGGUCGAAGCUGCUCGGCUCGUAUCCGAUAGCUCUGCAGUCGAAGCGGUCAUAUCUGCAGCCAGUAUCGAGUCCUACCUAGCUCACACUCAGCGACGCAUCGAUGAGGAGACUUUGCGGGGCCAGUGGCUGCUAGAGCCGACUUCGAAUGGCAAGCAGAGGAUGGUGGAGAUCACACGGGAUGAGCUCAUCAAGAAGAAGGCCGAGUGGCUCACUACUGGGCUUCCAGCUCUGCUACAGGAGGACAAGCCGCCGCUUGUCUCGCUGUCCCUCUUGUACAAGCACCUCGACUCGGUGAAACACAUCAAGCCCCUCACUACAAUCUUCUUCGAUCAUAUCCUCAAAGUGGGAAGCGCAAUUGUCUCGCCUCCUUCUGCUGCUGUCCUUGCCAAAUUAUCCAAGCCUCCAAAGACGGACGCAGACAAGGAGACUUUGAGAGUCGGUCUUGCCGAGGAGGAGACGAUGAUCGAACGCUUGAUUUCCUUCAAGACCAAGAUCGAUGUCACCGUCGAUGGAGCCUUUGCAAGUCGAGAUGAGUUCCUGCAGCGACGUACCGAGGGCUUUGAAAAGGUCGUCAAUUCUCGUACUGGUGGUGGAAAAGUUGCAGAACUCUGUGCGAAAUAUCUCGACGCUAAGCUCAAGAGUGGAAACAGAACCAUGUCCGACGAGGAGCUGGAGAAGUGUCUCGACGAAGCGCUGGCUCUGUUCAGGUACACACAUGCAAAGGACAUGUUCGAAGAGUUCUACAAGCGUCACUUUGCUAAGCGUCUGCUCCUCAACCGCUCUGCGUCCAGUGACGCGGAGCAGAGUAUGCUUCUCAAGCUCAAGGAAGAAUGCGGAGCUGGCUUUACGCAGGGGCUUGAGACGAUGCUGAAAGACAUCACGCUUUCUGACGAGAUGAUGAAGGGCUACGCUACUCAGCAGGACAAGCUCAAGGCGGAUACCCAAGGAGAGGGUGGUGAUGACUUUGAUCUCAAUGUCAAUGUGCUCACACAAGCCCACUGGCCAACGUACCCAAUCGUCGAAGUCUCCAUCCCUGCGACCAUGGCAGCGGCUCUGGAGCGCUUCCGCACCUUCUACUCUGCCCGCAACUCCGGACGAAAGCUGCACUGGGCUCACUCCCUUUCGACCUGUGUGCUCAAAGGCACGUUCCCCAAGUGCGGCGAGAAGGAGCUGCACGUCUCCGAGUUCCAAGCCAUUGUCUUACUCCUCUUCAACGGGCUGAGUCAGGGAGAGAAGCUCUCCUAUGAGUCUAUCCGCGAGCAGACUGGCCUAGAAGAGUCUGAGCUGAAGCGCACCCUCCAGUCUCUCGCCUGUGGGCAAAUCCCGACCCGUGUCCUACGCAAGGACCCACAAGGACGUGAGGUGCACGAUACGGACCUCUUCUACUUCAACGAGUCCCUCAAGAAUGAGCGCCAUCGUAUCCGCAUCAAUCAGAUUCAGAUGAAGGAAACAGUCGAGGAGCAGGAGCAGACGGAAUCUAAAGUCCUCCUCGAUCGUGGACUGGUGUUGCAAGCAGCGGCAGUGCGCAUCUUGAAAGCUCGCAAGCAGCUCAAGCAUGCUGAAUUGCUGCAGGAUGUGGUGGAUGCUAUCAAGGCGCGAUUCCAGGUUGACGUAGGGGAGAUUAAGAAGACGUUUGAAAUUCUAAUCGAGAAGGAGUAUAUGGAGAGGGUGGAGGGAGAGAGGGGCGUGUAUCGAUAUCUGGCGUAGAAGGGGGUCUGAGCUUUGAGUCAAUAAGCCAGUAGAGUUGACUGCCAUCCAAUGACAAUCUUAGUUUCCGCCUUC